AUGCUCUGGAAGAUCAUGUGCGACAAGCAUGCCUGGCGAAGGACAUCCUCCGUGGGUCCAAGUGAAGACCCAGACUCACCAUCCCUCUCUCAAGCGAGCCAAGGCCCGUACACAUUCAACAAUCGGUCUCCCAAACGGAACAUCGAUGGCUCUGUGGUUGGCCCUUCAAGCAGUGCACCGAACCUAACGUUGCCCAAGCAAGAUGCUCUGUCGACCAGCCCACGGGCGAGGAAGCGAGCGUCACAGUCCCAUUAUUCUCAUUUCCGUCACAAAUACAUGAUUGAGGCUGCUUGGAGGAAAGGUGGUGAAAGCAUUAUCAAGCACAUCACCCCGGAUCAAGGAGUGGUCACCAGUCUGCAUCUGACGGACAAAUAUAUCGUGGUGGCCAUGGAUAAUGCCAAGAUUCAUGUUUUCAAUACAGUGGGCGAACAUCAAAAGACACUAAAAGGCCAUGUCAUGGGUGUCUGGGCGAUGGUCCCGUGGGACGAUAUUUUAGUAUCUGGGGGCUGCGACCGUGAUGUGAGGGUAUGGGAUAUGAAGACAGGCAGAAGCAUUCACGUCUUAAGAGGCCACACUUCGACAGUCAGGUGUCUGAAAAUGUCUGACGCGAACACGGCCAUUUCCGGAUCUCGAGACACGACGCUGCGGAUCUGGGACUUACAGUCUGGGGUCUGCAAGAAUGUGCUGGUCGGGCACCAAGCCAGCGUCCGGUGCUUGGCCAUUCAUGGGGACCUUGUCAUCUCUGGAUCAUACGAUACCACGGCCCGAGUUUGGAGCAUAUCUGAAGGCCGCUGUCUUCGGACGCUCACUGGGCACUUCAGUCAAAUUUACGCCAUUGCUUUUGACGGAAACCGCUGCGCCACUGGCUCGCUUGAUACAAGCGUCAGGAUUUGGGAUCCGAAGACCGGUCUAUGUACCGCCAUCUUGCAGGGUCACACAUCACUGGUUGGCCAACUGCAGCUUCGCGGUGAUACUCUUGUUACUGGUGGCUCUGACGGUUCCGUCCGUGUUUGGUCGUUAAAAACUAACUCGCCUAUUCAUCGUCUGGCUGCACACGAUAAUAGUGUUACGAGUUUGCAGUUUGAUGACAACCGAAUUUUGAGCGGUGGUAGCGACGGACGCGUGAAAGUCUGGAGUGUUGAGACUGGUCAACUUGUCCGUGAGCUCAGUCAACCUGCCGAAGCUGUGUGGAGAGUGGCCUUUGAGGAAGAAAAGGCCGUCAUCAUGGCGAGCCGGUCAAACCGGACGGUCAUGGAGGUGUGGUCAUUUUCACCACCAGACGACCCAAUAGAUCGACGGUCCGAAAGCCCUCUCAGCAUGCCUGAAAACGUGCCGCCGGCCGAUGAGGAAGAAGAAGCAACUCAAUUCCACCAAGAACUCGGUGACGGUGACGCGACCAUGAGCGACAUAUAG